AUGCGUAUCUCCGGAGGCCCCGCCGCAGUGUCCGCGGACAACUCCAGCCAGUGGUGGCCUCUGUCUGCCGGUGGUGCCAACCGCAGCCGGGAAGCGGAGGCGUUCGGGGAAGGCCGCAGCCCACCUGGGGACGUGCGCGACGAGGAGCUGGCCAAGGCGGAGAUCGCCGUGCUGGCUGUGACUUUCGUGGUGGCCGUCCUAGGUAACAGCAGUGUGUUGGUGGCGCUGCACCGCACGCCUCGCAAGACGUCCCGCAUGCACCUCUUCAUCCGUCACCUCAGCCUAGCCGACCUGGCUGUCGCUUUCUUCCAGGUGCUGCCGCAGAUGUGCUGGGAUAUCACCUACCGUUUCCGCGGACCCGAUGUACUGUGCCGCGUGGUGAAGCAUCUGCAGGUGUUUGGCAUGUUCGUAUCGCCCUACAUGCUGGUGGUCAUGACCGCCGACCGCUACAUUGCCGUGUGCCACCCGCUGAAGACGCUGCAACAGCCAACGCGCCGCUCGCGCCUCAUGAUCGCUGCUGCCUGGGUCCUGAGCUUCGUGCUUAGCACGCCGCAGUACUUCGUCUUCUCCAUGGUCGAGGUGGACAACGUCACCAAGACCAUUGACUGCUGGGCCACCUUCAUCCAGCCCUGGGGUCCCCGCGCCUAUGUGACUUGGAUGACGGGUGGCAUCUUCGUGGCGCCCGUGGUCAUCCUGGGCACCUGCUACGGCUUCAUCUGCUACCACAUCUGGCGCAAUGUCCGCAGAAAGACGGCUUUGCGCGGGGAGAAGGGCGCGGAGGGCGCGGGUGGCCCCUUGCAUAAGGGGUUCCUGCUCGCGCAGUGUAUCAGCAGCGUGAAAACCAUUUCCCGCGCCAAGAUCCGCACCGUGAAGAUGACUUUUGUGAUCGUGACAGUUUACAUCGUUUGCUGGGCGCCCUUCUUCAUCCUCCAGAUGUGGUCUGUCUGGGAUGAAAAACUUGUCUGGGUCGAAUCGGAAAACCCAGCCGUCACCAUCACAGCGCUAAUGGCCUCCCUGAAUAGUUGCUGCAAUCCCUGGAUCUACAUGUUUUUCAGUGGCCAUCUCCUGCAAGACUGUGUCCGGAGUUUCUCAUGCUGCCGAAGCAUGAAGCAAACAUUCAACAAAGAAGAUUCUGACAGUGCGAGCAGAAGACAGACUUCUUACACUAACAACCGAAGCCUGACCAACAGUAUGGGUACAUGGAAGGACUCGCCUAAAUUUUCCAAGUCUGUCAAAUUCAUUCCUGUUUCCACCUGAGCCCACAUUCACGCAGCCUGACUCUUGUAACCAACUUUUGGGUCCACUGGCUGAAUCCUAGAAAUCAGAACAAAUGAACUUAUAAGUGAUAAGUGUAAAUCGAUGUGUUGAGGACAAGACUGGGUUUCUAGUUGCAUUUUCGCAUUGCUAUGACCACAAGUUAUGAAUUAUUUUAUACGGGAUGCUAAUUAAAAAAAAAAUGCUACACUAAAAUUUGCAGGCCUAAUUCCCAGAAAUAGAAGUUACAUUUCUAAAGGAAAAACCAUAACCACCCUGGCUUUACAUUCUGUUGUUGGUUUCCUUUCUUUUCUUUUAUUAUGGACAUAACUAAGGCUUGAUUGAUUUAGAAGUCAUACAAUGUCGGGGCAUUAUUUCUGAACAAAGGGAGCUCAUCAUCUGUCUUAGUGUUUGAAACAAAUUAGAAGAAACUUGAGAGAAAUUGUUUCCAUCCAAUAAAAAUGAGUUUAUGCAUCUGAAAAUGCAAUCUCACACGAUGGCCUGGAGAUGGGAAGGUGCCUUGGACAAGCAUGAGCACUUGAGGCAUAUGGACCAGGGGAUGCCUGCUUCACAGCAGAAAGAGGAAAGUUCUGUUCAAUGCUGUAAAUCACCUAAAUUUCAAAAUGAUAACUUUAGAACUGGCAUUUCCCUCCUUGUUUUAGGUUCCUCGUGUUUUAUGGGUUGUUGAAAGCACAAUUACUAAGAUGCUGAAGGGUAGAGAAGAUAUUGUCAAAUGGCCAAUAAAACCUUUAUUCUCCCCCUGCAAGGCCAUUUUAAAGUCAGAUUUGUAUAAGGAAUAUCCGAUUUUAUUAGAAGAGUAGAAAUGGAUUAUACAAGGUACUAUGUAGACUUUCUCUAGAACAUUGUAAAUAUGUUUUGACCAGUGUUAUAAGGUGUCCUGUAUUAUGCUGGUUCAUGUGUGGGGUGUCCAGAU